AUGCCUGAUGUGCAAAAAACAUUUGUUGACCAUUAUGCAGUGCUGGGGUGUUCCCCCAGCAAUACUCCUGAGGAGCUGAAGAAGGCAUACCAUGAGAAGCUCAGACAGUUCCAUCCUGACAAGCGGCCAUGGAGUGCUGGUGGCUAUGGUGAGAAGGUCACCCAAUCUCUGAACGAGGCUUGGGAAGCUUUGCGUUUCCCAGCGCUCCGUGAGGCCUACGAUGUGAUUUGGCAUCGAGAGCAGGCACCGCGGGCACCGCCGGCACCGCCCGCACGCGUGGCCCCUCAACCUCCAGAGCCAAAGAGAGAGCCACGUGGUCGCUCAAGGAGGAGACACCCGGAAGAGGUGCCAGAGACAUCGACGCCUGAACACCAGGCGGAGGUGUUGCGCAAUGAGGGGAAUGAUCUCUACAGACGUGCCCAAGCGGCGGUGUUUGCCGCACGCUCAGCGGAAGCUGCCGAAAGUCUGGAGGCACGGAUGACUGCGAUGCAGCAGUAUCGGCUGGCGAUCCGCAAGUACACUGAAGCAAUCGAGCUUACUCCAAACAAUCACCGCCUCUGGAGCAAUCGGGCAUUGUGCCACAUGGCUCUGAAGCAAUGGGACCAAUGCCGGGAGGAUGGUCUGCGAUCCACUCAGCUCAAGGCGGACUUCGCCAAGGGCUGGUUCUUGGUCGCCAAGGCAAUGUGGAAAGAAGGCUCCAGGGCAGCAGCUUUAAAGCAAAUCGAGGUGGCACUGCGGAUGGUCACCCAGCCGGACGACUUGUUGGCCUUGCAGGAAAGCAUCCUAAGUGAGGUUGAUGCCUCGAGAAAUCCAUCUCGCAGCAGUUCCAAGACAGGCUUGCUGCCCCCAAUGCCCAGCCGCAGCGUCUCUCCAUGCGCGACCCCAACACCGGGUUCGCGAGUUGCCACGCCACCAACUGUGAGGACACCCUCCAGAGCCUCCCGUGGCGCUUCCCAGUCCAGAGCAGCUUCGAACUCGUCCAGGAGGCGUUCUCCGAGUAGUGGUAAGCUGCCUGCCAUGCCAGCACACGUGGCAAGGGCCUUUGCAGUUCUGGGCGGCGAGGACUGA